AUGGCUUUACAAGACGUCAGUGGCUUUCAGGACACCCCUAUGUCUCACAUGUGGAACACUCCUGCCUCACUAUCUGGGCCUAUGGGAGAUACCACUCCUCUCCUGGACAUGGCUGAUGAAAGGAUCCUUGGUUGGGGAAGGUUUAAAUCAUCUGAGAGAGAUAGAGGGGUCCCUCUGCGCUUUUUCAUACCUACUCCUCAGAGCUCUGUUCCUUUCCGCUGUGACAACAGACACACGUCCCUUUCUUCCCUGUCCACCUCCUCAUCACCGCCCACCCGCCGCCCAUUCCCUUUGUCUCAUGGAACCACUACCCUGGCCUUUGUGUUCCAAGGAGGUGUUAUAGCAGCGGCAGACACACGUGCCAGCUGCUCAGGGCUUGUCGCCUGUCCCUCUGCCCAGAAGAUCCUGCCCAUCCACUCCCAUUUACUGGUCACCACUUCAGGCAGUGGUGCAGACUGCAUGCUAUGGGAGAGAAUCCUGGCCAGAGAGAUCCGCCUUUACCAGCUACGCCACGGCCGCCGCUUGUCAAUUACUGGCUCUGCCAAGCUCCUCUCUCAUAUGCUGCACCCCUUUAAGGGGACUGAUGUGUGUGUGGCAGCCACUCUUUGUGGCUGGGAUCGUUGUGGCCCAAAGCUGUUCUAUGUGUGCAGUGAUGGCACCCGGCUGCAGGGAGAGCUCUUCUCGGUUGGCUCAGGUUCGCCUUAUGCUUACGGAGUGCUGGAUGGAGAGGUGCGGUGGAGCCUGAAUGAGGAGGAGGCUAUCUCAUUGGCCAGAGAAGCUGUGUACAGGGCCACACACAGAGAUGCAUAUUCAGGGAACUGUGUGGACCUUUUCCACAUCACUGCCCAAGGAUAUUGCCGAAGAGACAGGGAGGAUCUGAGAGAGGAGUACCACAGAAAGCGGGAGAGGGUGCUGAAGAGGGGAAAAGAAGAGAGUGAGCAAGAUAAGAAAUAG